AUGGAGGAAGAGAUGCAGCCGGCAGAGGAGGGGCCCAGCGUCCCCAAAAUCUACAAGCAGCGCAGCCCCUACAGCGUCCUCAAGACGUUCCCCAGCAAGAGACCGGCGCUGGCCAAGCGCUACGAGCGACCCACCCUGGUGGAGCUGCCGCACGUGCGGGCGCCCCCGCCGCCCCCGCCGCCCCCGCCGCCCUUCGCGCCGCACGCCGCCGUCUCCAUCAGCAGCAGCGAGCCGCCGCCGCAGCAGUUCCAGGCGCAGAGCUCCUACCCCCCUGGGCCCGGCCGGGCCGCCGCCGCCGCUUCGUCGUCGUCGCCGUCCUGCACGCCCGCUACAUCCCAGGGCCACCUGAGGACUCCGGCGCAGCCGCCGCCCGCGUCCCCCGCCGCCUCCUCGUCGUCCUCGUUCGCCGCCGUCGUCAGGUAUGGCCCAGGCGCGGCGGCGGCCGCCGGCACCGGCGGCACGGGUAGCGACAGCGCCAGCCUGGAGCUCAGCGCAGAGAGUCGAAUGAUCUUGGAUGCCUUUGCCCAGCAGUGCAGUCGAGUUCUUAGCCUCUUAAAUUGUGGAGGAAAACUCCUGGACUCCAGCCAUUCUCAGUCCAUGAUUUCUUGCGUAAAGCAGGAAGGCUCAAGUUACAACGAAAGACAGGAGCACUGUCACAUUGGGAAAGGGGCCCACAGUCAGACCUCAGACAAUGUAGACAUAGAGAUGCAAUAUAUGCAAAGGAAACAACAAACUUCUGCCUUUUUGAGGGUUUUCACUGACUCUCUACAAAAUUACCUGCUCUCCGGGAGCUUUCCGACUCCAAACCCCUCGUCAGCCAGUGAAUAUGGCCACCUGGCAGACGUGGAUCCUCUGUCAACCUCUCCUGUGCACACAUUAGGUGGCUGGACUUCCCCAGCAACGUCCGAAUCCCAUGGCCACCCAUCUUCAUCUACACUGCCAGAAGAGGAGGAGGAGGAGGAAGAGGAAGGCUAUUGUCCUCGAUGCCAAGAGCUGGAGCAGGAGGUUAUUUCACUGCAACAAGAAAAUGAAGAGCUCAGAAGGAAGUUAGAGAGCAUCCCAGUGCCCUGCCAGACCGUUUUAGAUUACUUGAAGACAGUUCUGCAGCACCACAACCAACUCCUGAUACCACAGCCAGCUGACCAGCCGACUGAGGGAAGCAAGCAGCUGUUGAACAACUAUCCUGUCUACAUAACGAGCAAACAGUGGGAUGAGGCUGUAAAUUCUUCAAAGAAAGAUGGGAGACGGCUCCUUCGAUACCUCAUCAGAUUUGUUUUCACAACCGAUGAGCUUAAGUACUCAUGCGGCCUUGGGAAAAGGAAAAGGUCAGUGCAGUCAGGAGAGACAGGUCCCGAAAGACGCCCUCUGGAUCCAGUUAAAGUAACAUGCCUCCGAGAAUUCAUUAGGAUGCAUUGUACCUCCAACCCCGAUUGGUGGAUGCCCUCGGAGGAGCAGAUAAACAAAGUAUUCAGCGACGCUGUCGGUCACGCCCGACAGGGGCGGGCGGUGGGGACUUUCCUGCACAACGGUGGCUCAUUUUAUGAAGGGAUCGAUCACCAGGCUUCUCAGGAUGAAGUCUUCAAUAAAAGUUCCCAGGAUGGAUCUGGGGAUUAG